AUGAAGACCCUCAUCAUCGCAGCUGCCGCUUCCGGUGCCCUGGCCUCCCUCAACUGCACGGCCACCGCCGAGGUCAAGACCUACUGCUGCCCGGACAUUAAGUCCGAGGUCGUCAAGACUGGUCCAGCCGGCGCCCUCGUCAUGUUGGGUUGCGCCGCUGACAAUACCAACAAGAACUGGUACUGGAACUACAACGGCCUGUACACGGCCUACUCGACGCAGUUCAAGGAGUGCUACCUCAACAGCAUGCCUUUCAAUGAUCUCAAGGUCCUCCCCAACUGCAAGGACGACACGUACGUCCUGGACCUCACCCGUGGCAAGUCCGGGCCCCUCGACAAGUGCAACCCGAACUGCGUCUCGCAGAACAAAUUCCCUGCCAACACCUACUUCGGCGACCGGCAGAAGGAGACCAACAUGGCGGCCGAUUUCCCGCGACCCAAGCCCAACCCUGGCUGGCCGUGGGGUCGCCGAGAGCGCUGGGUCUAA